AUGGAGACAAUUCAGAAACUAGAAGGAGAAACAAACCACCUACCACCUGUCAAUCAAACACAAUCCAGCAGACCACCUGUCAAUCAAACAACGUCCAGCAGACCACCUGUCAAUCAAACAUCACCCAGCAAACCACCUGUCAAUCAAACAUCACCUAGCAGACCACCUGCCAAUCAAACAUUACCCAGCAAACCACCUGUCAAUCAAACACCAUCCAGCAGACCACCUGUCAAUCAAACAUCACCCAGCAAACCACCUGUCAAUCAAACACCAUCCAGCAAACCACCUGUCAAUCAAACACCAUCCAGCAGACCACCUGUCAAUCAAACAACGUCCAGCAGACCACCUGUCAAUCAAACAUCACCUAGCAGACCACCUGUCAAUCAAACAUCACCCAGCAAACCACCUGUCAAUCAAACACCAUCCAGCAGACCACCUGUCAAUCAAACAUCACCUAGCAGACCACCUGUCAAUCAAACAUCACCCAGCAAACCACCUGUCAAUCAAACACCAUCCAGCAGACCACCUGUCAAUCAAACAUCACCUAGCAGACCACCUGUCAAUCAAACAUCACCCAGCAAACCACCUGUCAAUCAAACACCAUCCAGCAGACCACAUGACAAUCAAACAACAUCCAGCAAACCACCUGUCAAUCAAACACCAUCCAGCAGACCACCUGUCAAUCAAAUAUCACCCAGCAAACCACCUGUCAAUCAAACACCAUCCAGCAAACCACCUGUCAAUCAAACACCAUCCAGCAAACCACCUGUCAAUCAAACACCAUCCAGCAAACCACCUGUCAAUCAAACAACAUCCAGCAAACCACCUGUCAAUCAAACAACAUCCAGCAAACCACCUGUCAAUCAAACACUGGUCGUCACACCGUGA